AUGAUCGUAUCGUUGAGAUUGGCAGUAUCGGUUUAUGCCUUUAUCGGAUCGAUCGGAGCCCACCGGUUGGAAGAUACGCUGCACGUGAGACAUUCUAAAUGCGAAAUUCCUGGUGAACUACACGAAGGGGUGUGUCGAUCCAUAGUGGAGUGCCCAGCUUUCCAGAAGAUAAUGAAUGGCAGCGAUGUACGGCUAAUCGGUCGGGAAGAAUUCGUGGAAAAGUUGAAAUGUGGAAAACACGAUGGCUCAGAGGUUUGUUGUCCUUCUGGGGAAACUUACCGAUUACUCGAAGCGGAAGAGGAUGACUAUUGCGGUGUGCAGGCGCUCAAAUUUCGAAUCAAAGGUGGUUCGAUCACGGAAAUCGAUGAGUUCCCUUGGAUGGCAAUGCUGCUUCGGCAGAAUCGAAACACCAAUUCAUUGUAUUAUCAUUGCGGAGCAGCACUGAUUAGUCGAACUUUCGUACUAACGGCAGCUCAUUGCGUCGCUAUUGAUGCAGCGGACAAGAAGCAAGAUUUAUUGAAAUAUGUUCGUCUGCGUGAGUACAACAUCUUUCAGGAUCCCGAUUGCGUGCUGGGAGGCGGUUUUAUGGAUUGCGCCGAAGAAAAACUGGACUAUAAACCACGCGCAGUGUUGAUCCAUCCGGGAUUCACGCUUGAUUCGCCCAGCUAUGAUCAUGACGUUGGCCUGAUUCAGAUAGAACCGGUUCCCCCGUACUCGGAUUUUCUGCGCCCGAUUUGUCUCCCUGAGCUCGAGGUGGACAAUGGGGCCCACCCUGGAGGUGUGUUCAGUGUUGCCGGCUGGGGGAAGACUGAUUUUUUUAGCAAAGAUCUCGGAUCGGUGAGCUUCAGUCCAAUCAAGUUAAAGGUAAUGCUGCCCUUUUUUGGCCUGGAUCAGUGUAAGAAAGUGUACGAAGAACUGAACGUGUCCCAUCUACGGGAGACGCAACUUUGCGCCGGUGGCCGAAGGUCGAAAGAUUCCUGCGCGGGAGAUAGUGGGUCCCCGCUGAUGCACUACGAUCGCCGGAAAGCGGUUUGGGUACUGACCGGAGUGGCCAGUUUCGGUGUUCAGGAUUGCGGCCGGCCCGGAGUGCCCGGUGUUUACACUAAUGUGCGGGAGUAUUUGACGUGGAUAAAGCAAAAUAUACGCAGUAUUUAA